GGUCAGAGAGUGAAAUCAGAAGUGCCUAUUUUAGGCCUGCUUGGAAGAAUAUAACUCAAUACAGUGGCCUAGUCUUGCUGGUUAGAGGUUUUGCAGACUACCAUCGCCACCCUGGCCCUGAAGGAUGGAUUUAAACGCCAUCAUGUCGAGCAAAAGGGCAAAGACCAAGACCACCAAGAAGCGCCCCCAGCGCGCAACAUCCAACGUGUUCGCCAUGUUUGACCAGUCACAGAUUCAGGAGUUCAAAGAGGCCUUCAACAUGAUUGAUCAGAACAGAGAUGGUUUCAUUGACAAGGAAGAUUUGCAUGAUAUGCUUGCCUCCCUAGGGAAAAAUCCAACUGAUGAGUAUCUGGAUGCCAUGAUGAAUGAGGCUCCCGGGCCCAUAAAUUUUACUAUGUUUCUCACUAUGUUUGGUGAAAAGUUAAAUGGCACAGAUCCGGAAGAUGUCAUCAGAAAUGCUUUUGCUUGCUUUGAUGAAGAAGCAACUGGCACCAUCCAGGAAGAUUACCUGAGAGAGCUGCUGACAACCAUGGGAGAUCGGUUUACAGACGAGGAAGUGGAUGAGCUGUACAGAGAAGCACCUAUCGACAAAAAGGGAAAUUUCAAUUAUAUUGAGUUCACCCGCAUCCUUAAACAUGGAGCAAAAGACAAAGAUGACUGAAAAAACUUCAAAUUCCGGCCAAACGUUCCUUGUUGCCACUUUGGGUAUUUCUGAGACUUUCUCUUAGAGUCUGUUGCAUGCACUUAGCUUUGCAGCUUUUGCCUUUCUUGUUGUAUUUAUUCUCAGCCAUUUUAGGCACAUGCAUCUCUAUAAUCAGACUGGAAAUGGGACUUUUUAUGAUUUUCAGAAUAGAAAAUAGGGCAAUUUAACUUACCAUCCCCCUCCCAAAAUAACUGCAGUCUACAUAGAGUCAGUAUAUUUUUUCAGAGAAAGUUAUUCACUCAAUUUUUUCUGAACCAUAAUUAAACUUUAUGAUAAAAACUUA